AUGGCGAAAUUUCGCCAAUUUAUAAAUGUUUCAUACUGCCGCUAUUAUAGUGUACAACAGGCUAAGAAAAAGAUACCAAUAAUAUCAUGUAAGAGACCGGAAUUCAAUCACUACGAGGGACAAACUUAUGGAAAAUUUGAGGUUAUAAAACUAGCAUCACAGGGUUGGUCGCACGUUAAAUCCAAGAAUGAUUACUUCACUAUCUUCGGAGACGCUCCAAGACAGGAAGAGGAGACGCUAUUUCGCAAGAGUUUCCCGGAAAUAGGUUUGACGGAGGAAUUGUGUGAUGUUGUUUCGCAGCUUGGUUAUUCUUUACCUACCGUGAUACAGGCAAAGUCAUUUUUACCUAUAAUACAAGGGUAUAACACAGCCAUAACAGCUGAGACGGGCUGUGGUAAAACUUUAGCGUAUCUUUUACCCAUUAUACAACACAUUACGUCAUGGAAACCACAUAUUCAGGAGGAUUUUAAUAGUCCAUUAGCCGUCGUUUUAACACCUAGUAGAGAAUUAGCAUCACAGCUAGCUGAAGUUGCACAAAGCUUGUCCGAGAACCUGAACAUCAAUGUUUCAACACUAAUUGGAGGAAAAACAAAGAAAAAGAUUAUGGACCCGCCUGUAGAGUACACUGACUUAAUGAUUGCGACACUGGGUGCAUUUAGUAAACUUGUUACAACUGGGAUUAUCAAACUGCAUAAUGUACAUCAUAUCGUAUUAGAUGAGGCAGAUACAUUGCUUGAUGAUUCUUUUAUUGAUAAGCUUUCAGCAUUGCUGAAGAAGUUUAGGAUACAUUACAAAUGCGAUAUAAAAAUUCCACCUGAAGGUUGUCAAAUAACUCUAGUCAGUGCUACACUUCCCCAUGAGUUACCGGAAACUGUCAGUGCCUUCAUGGAUCCUCAAUCCUUACGGACAGUUACUACUGACAAAAUACACAGGAUCCUACCACACAUUCCCCACAAAUUUGUUCGCCUAGGUAAAGCACAGAAACCCGGUGAGCUCUUGAGAUUGGUGCAAGCUGAUUUAAAUAAAAACCGUCAGGUCAUGGUCUUUUCAAACAAAACAUCCACCUGUGACUUUGUCUCCAUGUUCCUUAACGAGAAUAGUAUCAAAUGCCUCAACAUGAAUGGGCGGAUGGCGGUCCCACUAAAAGCUGGGAAUAUAGACAAGUUUAAAUCUGGAGAGGUUAAGGUUAUCUCUAGCACAGAUGUGACGUCACGCGGUAUCGAUACAAAGGGGGUAAGUCAUAUUAUCAACUACGAUUUUCCCUUGUACACGUCGGACUACAUCCACCGUUGUGGCAGAACGGGUCGCAUCGGUUCGCCCCAGGAUUGCUUCGUCACCAACUUCAUAGCGUGGCCCCGGGAAAUCCACCUCGUGCAAAAGAUAGAGGAAGCAGUGAGGAGAAACAAAGAACUACCAAACGUGAACGCAAAUAUAAGGCGACAGAUUGUAGAUAGAAUUGUUAAAAUGUCUGGUCUUCCAUAA